AUGUCAGCCCAAGUGCAGAGGACUCUGGACUCUGGGCACUGCAGAGAGCGCAACAGGCGGAAAACGUAUACUCCCGGGGCUGAGAGCGAAUGGUCGCACCUCCCAUCACAGACCAGAUUGAAAAGAAAAACUUCUAGCAAAGGGGACAUCCCUACUAAAAGACCACCAGUCUCAAGAGCAGGUGUCAGUGUUGUCCCCACCCUGGUGGAUAACAAGAAGGCUCAGCUAGUGGGAAUUGCACAUGAUGUGGGCCUCAUUGAGUUGCUUCCUGCCUGUCCUGUGUUGCAAAACAGGGGCUGGGUCUGCAUCAUCAAGGGGAAGGCCAGGCUAGACCACAGGAAGAUGCACGCCGCUGUGGCCUUCAUGCAGGUCAACUUGGAGACAAAGGCUCUGGUGAAGCUAAUGGAAGCUGUCAGGACCAACUGCAAUGACAGAUAUGAUGAGAUCUGCCAUCAGUGGAAAGGCAAGGUCCUGGGUCCAAAACCUGUGGCUUGCUUUGCCAAGUUGGAAAUGGUAAAGGCUAGAGAACUUGCCAUUGAAGUGGGCAAAAUAUACUCUCGAGUUUUGAGUAUUUUGUACAUAGAAUAA